UUUGGGGCUCGGCCGUGUGCGUGUGUGGGGCUGGCGCUUUGGGGGUCCCGGGGGCACCCUCGGCCUUGGCCAACAGCCAUGGGGCAAGGCUGGGCUUGUGCAGCCCUGGGGCACCAAGCUGGCACGGGCAGCGUGUCACCAGCAGGGACCCCGAGGGCUCCUGGCCCCCCAAAUGCCCCCGAGCCCAGCCAAGGGCUCCGCAAGGGUGGGGACCCCGAGGGCUUCAGAUGCCACGUCCCAUCCCCGGGGACACAGCGGGACCCCCCCGCACCGCGUGUCCCCACAAAACCGCGCCUCUGCGCCUUGGGGCUGGGCGUUUGCCAAGGGUGGGGCCCCGGGGCGGGUCCCCAAGCUCCCGUCGGGGAUAAAAGGAGCCCGGGGGUGGCCUUGGCGACAGCGAUGGCGAGCUCGUGGAUGCUGCUGCUGGCGGUGCUGGGGGGAGCCUGCGCCCUCCCCGCCCCGGAGCCCUUCGCCUACACCCAGGCGCUGGCCCAGGCUGUGAAUUCCUACAACCAGCGCCCAGAGGUGAAGAAUGCCUUCAGGCUGCUCAGCGCCGAGCCCCAGCCCGAGCCGGGCGUGGAGCUGAGCUCGCUGCAGUCAUUCAACUUCAGCAUGAUGGAGACGGAGUGUGCCGCCAGCGCCCGCAGCGACCCCGAGGACUGCGCCUUCAAGGAGAACGGGGUCAUCCUGAAGUGCUUGGGGAUGGUGAAGAUGCAGCAGGAAUCCCCUGAGAUCGACGUGAGCUGCUCCGACGCCUCCUCCGACACGGUUCUGGUCGUGCGCGGUCUUGUUGGGCGCUUCGGGAGCUUCAUGAGCAAGGCCUCACACUUACUACCCAAGCUCGAUUCCUUACUGAGCAAGAUCCUUUCCCUCCUGCCCAAGACCCAGCCUACACCACCCAACAUCCAACGCUUCCCGUCCAAGGUCCAGCCUUUGCCGGGAAACAUGCAGCCCUAA